AUGCCAGAAGGGCCUGUCUUUAUGCCCAAGGUGAAGGGAAUACCUGUGUCAGAGAGCCCAGAAGACAGAAGCCCCUUAUCGGACGUCAUCGCUACAUACCCUGCCUUCGACGGAGACACCUUAGAGCCAGCAGAAAAAGUCAGGUGAGAGGCGUUUACUCUAGACGUUCCUCCAAAUCAAUGAAAAAACAGAGUAUGAUAACAACCUGUAUUUACCUUUCACGAUAUACUGUACCUUGUGUAUGGUAAUGAGAUUAAUUAAAGAAGAUGAAUAAGACAGUGUAAUAAUCCAACAUUCUUCUUCUUCUUCUUCUUCUUCUUCUUCUUCCUCCUCCUAAUUUCCAUAGAUAUUUGAAAGGCCUGGACCCAGACAACUGGUUAUCAGUCAACCCAGAGACAGCUGAGCUCAGACUGAACAAGGUGCCAGACAGAGUCUCCUUUCCUGGUGAACAGGACAUACUUUGCCAAGAUACUUUGCGUGACGGAAGGCAAGUCUUUGUGUGAAUUGUGUGUCAAAUCACAACACAGAAGGACAAAUAUGUCACAUAGCACCAGUUGCCAGACCUAUUGUAUCUCCUUGUUCUAAGACACUGCAAAAUAAGAUCUCUCCAAAGCGGCACUAAAAUUACAAAGACAGAGGUGGUAGCCUCUCAUGAUGAUGUCCUGUUUCUAUCCUUAGACAUACCUUCUAAGACGGCUACAGGGACCAUCACUCUAAGGGCUAGAUUCAAUCAGAUUGACAUCCGCAUAGCGUUGUCUUGGCUGUGUCGGAGGUGGAGCUGCGGUAGAGCUGUGUAAUCCACAAGCAGCUUGUUGUGUUACCUUAUCGCGGACACUGCCAUUGGAUGCAGCGACUAUAGUCCGACAAAAAUCCCAUGCAGCCACAUUGAAAGUUCAUGCAGCCGCCUUACAAGUUCAAACACUCGAAUUAGACUGAUAAGCAUAAAUCCCCCCAUCCAAAUUAACAUGAAAACAUGCAUUAGCCUAACAUCAAUGGUUUGAGAUUUUAGAGUAAUUAUUUCUAAGAUCGAUAGAACCUAUACUUUCUAGUGCCGUUUUGAACUUCUACCACAGUAGGGAUAAUAAGGAAGGGAGUGGUUUGUGACACGCUCACCGAUAUGUCAGCUCAUACCGCAAUUACACCUCCAACACCGCCAAAGCAUCUGCAAUGCGGAUAUCGGCCAAUGCUGGUUAAAACACCCUAUAGGCGAUGUCCGCACACCGCAUAAUAAAAAAUCCCCAUCAAAAUAUGUCUGUUUAAGCUAGAGAUAUCUUUUGCAUGGGCGGCAUCUCAAUACACCGCAUCCGCCGAUGUCAGCCUUCCGCAUCUGCAGUUUGUCAGACCAGAAGACAUCCUGAAAAUGGUUUUAACAAAUAUGGAAUGAUGAGACUCUCACGAACACGAUGGUGUUCUCCAUUUUGCUCUACAACCCCCACAAGUGUCACGGGACUCGUCUGAAUGUAACCUGGUACCGGGCCGAAAAAUUUAUGGAAGUGAAUGGAGCAUUUAGAGCUUUCAUAUCUCUCAAAUAUAGGACAGGCACUUCAAAACAUACUAUUUCUUUUAAAUACGACCAUCUUAAAACAAUUCCAUAUGUUAGCUUAGUAUAAACCCAGCCCCGGGCCCUUAGGCCUAAUUAUUAAUGCUGGUUAAGGUUAAUUUGAUUGAAUCCAGGCCUAACCCAUUCUAAUGCUAACCCUAACCCUAACUUAACCCUAAAUAAACUCUAACCCUAGCCCUCAUUAUUACAGUACAUUGGGUUGAUUGUCUGUUCCCAUCCUUAGACAUUCCCUCUAAGACGGCUACAGGGACCAUCGCCCUGCAGGUGGGAGAUGCUAAUGAUAACUGCCCUGAGCUGACGAGCACACUGGAGUACCUGUGUACCGACGCUAAGAUGGUCAACAUCACCGCAGAGGACACAGAUGAUGACCCUAACGCAGCUCCCUAUGAGUUCAUGCUGGUGGAAGAGGAGACGCAGAGAGAGUGGAAGGUCGAGCCCAUCAGUGGUAUGACUAUGAAGGCUUCUCUCUUCAGGGUUGGAGUGUGGGGGCCUACACUUUACCUGGAACUUUAAAUAUGUACCUGAGACACGGAGACAACUUGACAUGACAAUAUCUAUACAGGAGAGGAAAUUAUAUACAUUAAAGUGAAAUAUUGAGUAUUUAUAUACAUUACGUACCCCUCUCUUGACCUCUGACCUUUCAGACACCAGCGCCUCCCUCAGGACUCUGAAGCCCCUGUGGCCAGGCGCCUAUGACCUCAAGCUCCAGAUCCAGGACCAGCAGGGAUUGUCCUGAGCCCCAGCGCCUACACAUAGAGGUGUGCACCUGCUCUGAGGGAGCUGCUUGCGGCCGAGGGACGGCAAGGCACAGACUCUCACGGGAACGUUGACCACGGUUGGAAUGCCCGGAAUAGGCAUAAUCAUCCUGGGAUUCCUGGUGCUGCCAUGUGAGUAUGGGUUCAAGAGCUCCAGGUCCACGCAAUUCUAGAGUUGGAUUAUGGUUUAUGGAUCAGACCACGGUCCAAAUGCUAUCUGAAAUCUUUCAAAUACUUUAAGCUUUUGCUUUAGCCUGGCUGGCUGGAGUGCCAGAUGAGUGGGGUUUGCACUUUGGCCAACAAUUUUAUUGGUCCCAUUGCGCCAGACAAGAUCAAUCAAGCCCAUCUAAAGUAUUUGAAAGUAUUUCAAAUAGUAUUCGAAACCAGGUCUGCUAUGAAUUUUGGAAUAUACAUUAUAUAUCAAAUAAAAUAAAAUAAAAUAAAAUAAAAUUGUAUUGGCCACAUGCGCCGAAUACAACAGGUGCAGACAUUACAGUGAAAUGCUUACUUACAGCCCUUAACCAACAGUGCAUUUAUUUUUUUAUAAAAAAGUAAAAUAAAACAAUAACAAAAAAGUGUUGAGAAAAAAAGAGCAGAAGUAAAAUAAAAUAACAGUAGGGAGGCUAUAUAUACAGGGGGGUACCGGUGCAGAGUCAAUGUGCGGGGGCACCGGCUAGUUGAGGUAGUUGAAGUAAUAUGUACAUGUGGGUAGAGUUAAAGUGACUAUGCAUAAAUAAUUAACAGAGUAGCAGCAGCGUAAAAGGAUGGGGUGGGGGGGCAGUGCAAAUAGUCCGGGUAGCCAUGAUUAGCUGUUCAGGAGUCUUAUGGCUUGGGGGUAGAAGCUGUUGAGAAGUCUUUUGGACCUAGACAUGGCACUCCGGUAUCGCUUGCCGUGCGGUAGCAGAGAGAACAGUCUAUGACUAGGGUGGCUGGAGUCUUUGACAAUUUUGAGGGUCUUCCUCUGACACCGCCUGGUAUAGAGGUCCUGGAUGGCAGGAAACUUGGCCCCAGUGAUGUACUGGGCCGUACGCACUACCCUCUGUAGUGCCUUGCGGUCGGAAGUCAAGCAGUUGCCAUACCAGGCGGUGAUGCAACCAGUCAGGAUGCUCUCGAUGGUGCAGCUGUAGAAUUUUUUGAGGAUCUGAGGACUCAUGCCGAAUCUUUUCAGUCUCCUGAGGGGGAAUAGGCAUUGUCGUGCCCUCUUCACGACUGUCUUGGUGUGUUUGGACCAUGAUAGUUCGUUGGUGAUGUGGACACCAAGGAACUUGAAUCUCUCAACCUGUUCCACUACAGCCCCGUCGAUGAGAGUGGGGGCGUGCUCAGUCCUCUUUUUUUUCCUGUAGUCCACAAUCAUCUCCUUUGUCUUGGUCACGUUGAGGGAGAGGUUGUUAUCCUGGCACCACACGGCCAGGUCUCUGACCUCCUCCCUAUAGGCUGUCUCAUCGUUGUCGGUGAUCAGGCCUACCACUGUUGUGUCGUUGGCAAACUUAAUGAUGGUGUUGGAGUCGUGCCUGGCCAUAAAGUCAUGGGUGAACAGGGAGUACAGGAGGGGACUGAGCACGCACCCCUGAGGGGCCCUCGUGUUGAGGAUCAGUGUGGCAGAUGUGUUGUUACCUACCCUUAACACCUGGGGGCGGCCCGUCAGGAAGUCCAGGAUCCAGUUGCAGAGGGAGGUGUUUAGUCCCAGGAUCCUUAGCUUAGUGAUGAGCUUUGAGGGCACUAUGGUGUUGAAUGCUGAGCUGUAGUCAAUGAAUAGCAUUCUCACGUAGGUGUUCCUCUUGUCCAGGUGGGAAAGGGCAGUGUGGAGUGCAAUAGAGAUUGCAUCAUCUGUGGAUCUGUUGGGGCGGUAUGCAAAUUGGAGUGGGUCUAGGGUUUCUGCGAUAAUGCUGUUGAUGUGAGCCAUGACCAGCCUUUCAAAGCACUUCAUGGCUACAGACGUCAGUGCUACGGGUCGGUAGUCAUUAAGGCAGGUUAUCUUAGUGUCCUUGGGCAUGGGGACUAUGGUGGUCUGCUUGAAACAUGUUGGUAUUACAGACUCAGUCAGGGACAUGUUGAAAAUGUCAGUGAAGACACUUGCCAGUUGGUCAGCACAUGCUCGGAGUACACGUCCUGGUAAUCCGUCUGGCCCUGCGGCCUUGUGAAUGUUGACCUGCUUAAAAGUCUUACUCACAUCGGCUACAGAGAGCGUAAUCACAUAGUCAUCCGGAACAGCUGGUGCUCUCAUGCAUGCUUCAGUGUUGCUUGCCUCGAAGCGAGCAUAGAAGUGGUUUAGCUCGUCUGGUAGGCUUGUGUCACUGGGAAGCUUGCGGCUGUGCUUCCCUUUGUAGUCUGUAAUCGUUUUCAAGCCCUGCCACAUCCGACGAGCGUCAGAGCCGGUGUAGUACGAUUCAAUCUUAGUCCUGUAUUGACUCUUUGCCUGUUUGAUGGUUCGUCGGAGGGCAUAGCGGGAUUUCUUAUAAGCGUCCGGGUUAGAGUCCCGCUCCUUGAAAGCGGCAGCUCUACCCUUUAGCUCAGUGCGGAUGUUUCCUGUAAUCCAUGGCUUCUGGUUGGGGUAUGUACGUACGGUCACUGUGGGGACGACAUCAUCGAUGCACUUAUUGAUGAAGCCAGUGACUGAUGUGGUGUACUCCUCAAUGCUAUCUGAAGAAUCCCAGAACAUGUUCCAGUCUGUGCUAGCAAAACAGUCCUGUGGCUUAGCAUCUGCGUCAUCUGACCACUUUUUUAUUAACCGAGUCACUGGUGCUUCCUGCUUUAGUUUUUGCUAAUAAGCAGAAAUCAGGAGGAUAGAGUUAUGGUCAGAUUUGCCAAAUGGAGGGUGAGGGAGAGCUUUGUAUGCGUCUCUGUGUGUGGAGUAAAGGUGGUCUAGAGUUUUAUUUCAUCUGUUUGCACAUUUAACAUGCUGGUAGAAAUUAGGUAGAACGGAUUUAAGUUUCCCUGCAUUAAAGUCCCCGGCCACUUGGAGCGCUGCCUCUGGAUGAGCAUUUUCCUGUUGACUUAUGGCCUUAUACAGCUCAUUCAGUGCAAUCUUAAUGCCAGGUGGAUGUGAGGUGAUAGAGGUUAACUCCUGUGUUUUUGGGUUGUGUUUCCAGUUGUGGCUCUCUUGCUAAUUUCGUGUACCUGUGGUGGUGUAGGAGGGACCUUCACUGACCUGCCCUUCAAUACAAAAGGACACCUGACCUCCUACCACACAGAGGGACGGGGGGAGGACAGGGUAAAUAAAACACACACCAGAAACACAGAUAGGACUGGAUAUGUGAAACCAAUAUGUUGGAAGCUAGGUGGAGCUAUUGCCUACCCAAUUGUCUCAGAUCCAUGAAGGGGAGUGAAAGAUGACAUAAAGGAGGGAACAUCUUCCUGCAAUGAAAUGUAGUAAGAGCCAAACAGAGGAAGUUUCAGCCAGGAAUCUGGAAAUUAAACUGUAGAAAGAACAGUGUCUAAUGGAUCAAUGGUAUUACCAUUGCCCUCUUCCAUAACUCCAGCUGUUAUGUCACUCUCUCCCCUACAGGAGGUGCCACUGCUGAGAGCUCCUGUUCGGGUAUCCAAAGGAGCCAUCGCUGCUGGGACAAUGGCCACCAAUGUAGACUACAGUAUGGCUGCCGGGGCAGGGACUAGGGAGUUCCAGGAGAGUGCAUUUGGUAGCAUGUACUACGACUGUAAUGACAUGGUGGAGGCGGACCAGAGGGAACACAUGGACAUGCAUUCAGAGUCUAUGGAUGGGUUCAGGGUUGACUAUGAAGGCAUUGCCCUGCCUGAUCACUACCUGGAUGGCUACUACUCACAGGUGAGACCCCAAGGACCUGGACACCGUUUCACUGUGAAUUGAUGGAGAUUUGGGGCUAGGCUAAAGGUUCAUUGGUUGGUAUUGUGCUGGGCAAAGAAAGGGAGUCUGAUUCAAUUCAAUGCUGAAUCAGUAUUUACUUUAAUGAUUUACAGAUUCUAAUGCCAAGCCUGAGUGAGCGCUAAUGGAAUGGUGUCUUCACUCUUCCCUAUUGGUCGCAGUACAAGACGAGGGUGCCCCCUGUCUCCCCUGUUGUUUAACAUGGUCUCAUUUGAAUAUGUCGAACCCAUUGUAGUUAUACAGUAUGUCACCUAUGCUAUUAUACAGUGCAUUCGGAAAGUAUUCAGACCCCUUGACUUUUUCCACAUUUUGUUACGUUACAACCUUAUUCUACAAUGGAUUAAAUAAUUUUUUCCCCUCAUCAAUCUACACACAAUAUCCCAUAAUGACAGUUCAAAAACUUAAAUAUCACAUUUAUAUAAGUAUUCAGGCCCUUUACUCAGUACUUUGUUGAAGCACCUUUGGCAGUGAUUACAGCUUGGCACACCUGUAUUUGGGGAGUUUCUCCCAUUCUUCUCUGCAGAUCCUCUCAAACUCUGUCAGGUUGGACGGGGAGCGUCGCUACACAGCUAUUUUCAGGUCUCUCCAGAGAUGUUUGAUCGGGUUCAAGUCCGGGCUCUGGCUGGGCCACUCAAGGACAUUCAGAGACUUGUCCCGAAGCCACUCCUGCGUUGUCUUGGCUGUGUGCUUAGGGUUGUUGUCCUGUUGGAAGGUGAACCUUCGCCCCAGUCUGAGGACCUGAGCGCUCUGAAGCAGGUUUUCAUCAAGGAUCUAUCUGUACUUUGCUCCAUUCAUCUUUCCCUCAAUCCUGACAAGUAUCCCAGUCCCUGCCGCUGAAAAACAUCCCCACAGCAUGAUGCUGCCACCACCAUGCUUCACCGUAGGGAUGGUGCCAGGUUUCCUCCAGAUGUGACGCUUGACAUUCAGCCCAAAGAGUUCAAUCUUGGUUUCAUCAGACCAGAGAAUCUUGUUUCUCAUGGUCUGAGAGUCAUUAGGUGCCUUUUUCGCAAACUCCAAGCGGGCUGUUGUGUGCCUUUUACUAAGGAGGGGCUUCUGUCUGGCCACUCUACCAUAAAAGCCUGAUCAGUGGAAUGCUGCAGAGAUGGUUGUCCUUCUGGAAGUUUCUCCCAUCUCCACAGAGGAACUCUGGAGCGCUGUCAGAGUGACCAUCAGGUUCUUGGUCACCUCCCUGACCAAGGCCCUUCUCCCCCGAUUGCUCAGUUUGUCCAGGCGGCCAGCUCUAGGAAGAGUCAUGGUGGUUCCAAACUUCUUCCAUUUAAGAAUGAUGGAGGCCACUGUGUUCUUGGGGACCUUCAAUGCUGCAUACAUUUUUUGGUACCCCUCCCCAGAUCUGUACCUCGACACAAUCAUGUCUCGGAGCUCUACGGACAAUUGGCUUGGUUUUUGCUCUGACAUGCAUCGUCAAGUGUGGGACCUUAUAUAGACAGGUGUGUGCCUUUCCAAAUCAUGUCCAAUCUAUUGAAUUUACCACAGGUGGACUCCAAUGAAGUUGUAGAAACAAAAUGUGGAGAAAGUCAAGGGCUCUGAAAACUGCUGGCCCAGAAGAUUACAGACAAGUCAAGAGAUCUUUGGUUGUGAAUCAUCACAUUUUUCAGUAUUGUAUUUGCCUUUCAUUUCUUCCAGAAAGCUCACUAUGCAGCUGAGAACUACGUCCAGAAGGACAGUAUAUUGGUGUGUGACUACGAGGGCCAGGGCUCUCCUGUGGGCUCGGUGGGCUGCUGCAGCCUCCUGGAAUCUGACAACGACCUCCAGUUCCUCAAUGACCUGGGGCCAAAGUUCAAGACCCUGGCAGAGAUCUGCUCUCCUCCCAAACCGAUCUCUUCUCCUCCCAAGCCCAAAGUGGAUCCCAUCGUCGAUUCACCAGCAUCACCACCACGUCCUAACAUCAACAUCAAAAGAGAGAUCCCUGUCGCCACUAGCAAUGUCAACCUCACACAAUCAUCUCUCAGUAAUGUCAACAUCAACCAAUCAUCCACCAGUAACGUCAACAUCAACCAAUCAUCUUCCAGCUCUGUCAACAUCACCCAAUCCGCACUAACCAGACCUGUCUCUAAUGUCACUCAUGUCAAUCAUUCUCCCCCUAGCCAGACCUUCCUACUGCAGCAGCAGCCUGUGUACUACACCACCAUGCAGCCUAUGAUGCAGCCCAUGAUGCAGCAGAUGCACUAUGUAGUGGAGCAACAGGUUCCCAACAUGCAGGGCAUGAUAAUGGUCAACGGGACCCCUAGUGGUGGCAUGCUCACAGGACACUCAGAGCACAACACACAUGGGGUAGGACUACAUAAUGGCACGUUCACCUUACCCCAGACAACCUUGGGAAGAGGGGAAAGGAUGGUCCAUGUAGAGGAGAACCAGGGUGGGGGGCAGAGACUGGUGACCAGCGGCCCAGGACAGGCCACCCUGGGCAGAGGAGAGAACAUGGUCCUCGUGGGGGGUGGAGGUGGGGGACUAAGCCAGGGGGUGCUGUUAGGGGGUGGAGCUGGGCUGAACCAUUUCCAUGGUUCCAUUGGGGGGACACUCUCAGGGCAUCAGAAAAUCAUGCUGUCAAGUGAACAG